AUGUUGGGGAACAAGUUCGUCGCCCAGUUGGCCCUGCAGCAGCUCCGGAACCGGGGACUCAUCACCUCGGCGCCACGUCUCACUUCUGUCAGGUAUUCCUCGCUUUCGAAUAUGAUAUCAGAUCAGACUGAGAGAGAGAGAGAGUUGCACAAGGGCCGCUUUAUCAGAGAAACUCUCUAAGACUAGAAUGAAACUUCCGAUCGCAAUUGUUGAAACUGAAUUAAAACUGAUUGAAACGUUUCCCUUUUCUCGCAAUUCGAUAAAACUUUGAAAUUUAGUUCACGUUAUCCGGGGUGCGGAGAAAUGCAAUAAUUAGCGUGGUAAACGUUCGGAAUGAAAAUAUUAAACAGAUCAGAAUUUCUGUUAUUUGUUGCGUGUCGAUUCAGAAGGCAUCAGUUUCCAGACAUCGAUUCGCGUGGGGAUCUGACGCCGUCGGUCCCAACGUGCCGGUCGGAGGAAAGAUGGGAGCCUCCGAGAACCCCGAAUUGCACACCUACGACGGAGAUUACCGCGGCACCAUCUCAAAGGGCGACAAGCCGAUUCCAGAGUACGUCAACCCAUCUUUCGCCGGUUUUAAAAUAGUUUUUCAGCUACUUCUACCGUACCCCGACAACCGGUCGCACGUACAUCGACCGCUGCGUGACCUAUUUCAUCUCGGCCGUCAUUUGGGCGUGGUUCACCUAUCACAUGUACUACCACUCGGGACAUCUUCUCGGCCAUUGGUACAUGCCGUACUUGCACGAGUUCUCCGUCGAAGAGCUCGGAAUUCCGAAAGAUUCGGCCGAGGAUCCGGAAUACUGGGGCAACCACAAGAAGGAGUUCGGAACCUACCGAUAA